UUGGGGCAUUCUCGAGUUGUCGAGAUACUCCUCCAAGAUGACCGCGUAAGAUCCAGUGCGUCUCAGCAGGAUAACCAUGGCUGGUCCGUUCUUCAUCUGGCCGUUCACAGCCGAGACCUGGCUACUAUCAAAGCCCUGGUUGGCAGCUCUGUCAUUGCAGAGCCCCGGGCCCUCAUCGACGAGAGCGGCCUCACUGCAGAGGAAUGGCUGGAUCUCGGGCCAGCCAGUCACUCCUACAAGGCGACCAGUAACUUGGCUUUUGGCAAGUCACGCUGCUGCAGGGCGGUGACAGGCUUACGGCAGGCUGUUGUUAUAGGACAUGUUCCUCUGAUCAAACACUUAAUCAGAUCGGGUCAUCGUGUUAAUGGCACGAAUUCCGGUACAAGGACUGCGCUCUACUACGCUGCGAAGAAGCGCAUGCUUUCCAUCAUAGAUCUGCUUCUUGAGGAGGGUGCGGAUCCCAAUAUCCUCCCAGCUGGACGCAAAACCUGGGAAGAAUUCAUCGCGGACGACGCCGUUUUACUACGCCUC